AUGAACUCUGAAGAAAAAGACGCAAUCACCAAGUUAGUAAGAGAGUAUUCAGACAUAUUUCACAUAGAUGCUUCAGGGGAGAGACAAAGAACUAACAGAAAUGAUUGUGACAUAAAAGCGUUUAUUAAAAAGCUUGAGCUUUGGGAACAAAGCUUAAUCGAUGGCGAUACCAGGCAUUCUCCUGUUCUUUUAGAAAAGAUACCUCGACGCCCAUUAGAACCAUAUGACUGUAAAUAUCAUGUAGGAAUCGUCUCCAACUUGAAGGAUAACUUCAAAAAUCGUUUCAAGAACUUCAACGACAUUGGUAUAGUGGCGCAAUUUGUUGUUCCACCCUUCAUGGAAAUUGAUGUCGAACAGCUUGCAACUGCUAUUACGCAGAAUUUUAGCAAAUACAUCGCUUCAUCAGAAAUGGAAAUGAUUAGGUUUCAAAAUGAUUUAGCUUUAAAAUCAUUAGUCUCAAAUACAAAAUGUAUCUGGCGUUCGGUGAGUAAAGAUAAAUAUUCAGUUUUGUGUCGUGUUGCUUUGAAUGUGAAAGCGUUAUUUAGUUCAACCUAUUUGUGUUAA